AUGUCACUACUUGCGUGCUUGGGAGAUACCAUCUCACAUAACCUGCGUCAGCUAGACGAGCAAUUGUCACCAUCACACGGUGACUCACCCCAUCUAUGGGAUCCCACGCCAUAUGGUAGACUGGAUGACACGGACAGACUUCCCUCGCAAGACGCUUUUCGCCUGAUCGACAAAAUUCGAAUUGAUCUAAAAGCUGUCGAGGCCUUGAUCACGCCUACACACUUCAGAUUGGUCGAGUUGGGCCUCCUGCCAUACAAAGUAGCUGCUUUGAACACUGUUGUAUCUUUGAAUGUGGCCGAUACGCUCACUGAGCUUGGUGGAGUGGCAUCUCUAUACGAUCUCGCCCUCAAGCUUAAUACCAACGAACAUAAAUUAGGAAGGAUCAUGCGUGUACUGACAGGAGAGUUUAUUUUCCAAGAAGUGUCGAAAGGUGUCUUUAAGCACUCGCGACAUAGUAUAGGCCUUACCAGAUCCUUAGGAGCCCGCUCCUUUAUGUCAUUCAUUACUGAUCUGGGAAUGAGGUCUGCCCUUGGUAUUCCGAGCAAUGUGUCUCAGUCAGAAACUAAAGAUAGCUUCACGGAAAGGACGGCCCCAUUCGUAGGAGAAGUGUCCAAGGACGGCAAGACAUUCUUGGAAUAUUUCUCGGAUCCGGGUAAUCCAGAAAUGGUCACUUUAGCUAACGAUGGUAUUGUUGGUUGGCUAAAUAAACUAACACGAAGGGCGCUUCUCACAGACUAUCCUUGGUGGGAACUUGGGGAAGCUACAGUCAUUGACGUUGGCUGUGGACCAGGAGACAGCGGCAUUGACGUGAUGAAGAAGUACCCUGAUCUUGGUUGGGUGUUCCAGGAUUUUGAAGCCGUUCUCGAGAAUGUCAAAAGGGCAAUUCCAGAUGAAUUGGGCUCCAGGGAGAGAGGAGGCAGAAUACUUUUCGUCGAGCAAGACUAUUUCAAGCCGAAUAUCAGCAAGGGUGAUGUCUGGUAUCUCAGAGGUGUUCUCCACGAAUACGAUGACGACGACGUACUUAGAAUUUUAUCAAACUUGGCAACUGCUAUGCGUCAGACAGCCGGAUCUAGGAUGAUCAUCAACGAAGUCUUCGUCGCAAGCCCUGUUAUCGCGCCUGCUUCUUCGACAUUUGCUCCAUCGGAACAUAUUCCUGAGAGGCAGUCCGCUCUUGCGGACAUGGCUAAUGCAAUGACAUGGAGCACAUUUUCGCUGUUUGGGGGAAAAGAGAGGUCAUAUCAAGAAUAUGAAAAGUUAUUGAGUCAGGCAGGAUAUAGAGUGCGUCGAUUCUUCAGGUUAAGGACCUUUACGGUUAUGCUAGAGUGCGAGCUUGUUCAGUGA